AUGUGUAUUGCAUUAUCUGGACAACCAAGUCGACAACAAUCUCAAGUCGGCAUGAGAAUUGCAACACUUACGACCGAUAAUGAACAUUUAAUUCAAGAAGCCACUAUUCAACAGAAUAAGAAACCAAACGAAUUUCAAAAUAAACUUAUAAUUCAUUAUACACAUGAGAAUCGAUUCAAUACAUGUAAGCGCGACAUACACCGUAUCUUUCAAGAAACAUUUGCAAAUACUCCAAUAAUCGAAACGAAACUGGUCGUUGGGAACAGAAAUCAGAGAAACACAAUAAAAGAACUGAUUCGAAAACGUUCAAGACAGACAAUACUGAAAAACAAAGCUAAAGCAAGUAUGAUAGAUGAAAAAAAGAUAGUCUUUAAAAACAUCAUUUAAUAUACCUUCAUUUAUUGAUUCUAGAUGAAAAUCAGAAAAUGAACAGGCUUCGUCAACUCCAAGCACAAAAUAAAACAACCAUUCAACAAACAUGAAACAAACAUCAACAUCAUCUCCAUCCAUAAACAAUGUCCACCAAACGAACUAUUUAUGCUAUUACUUCCCCUAACAUGAUUUCGAAUACAGUCGAAUCCGCUUAUAAGAGCGCAAUCGGGGAAUCAAAAAGUGGCUCUUAUAUCCGGGUCGCUCUUUUAUGCAAACUAUAUGCAAAACAUGAUUCUUGUCAACAUUUAUUAAAUACUACACACACAUACAUAAAUUUACUUAAAGAAAUCCGUGAUUUUACGUUGAGUAUGAUUAAUUAAAGCGUUCUUUUCGAUCAUAUCUUCGACAUCAUAAUAUGAAUUGUAAUGUGUAAAAUUCUCUUCCAAAUACUUGCGAACCAUCGAAAGAUGCAUCAGCACAUCUUUAUGAGAGACACCUGGCAUCGGUUUAUCAACAAUUCCGACUUCUUCGUUUUGCCUUAUCUUCUUC